AUGCGACCCCUAAUAUCCUUCGCUACGAACUAUAAAUCCUCUUCUGAGAAAAAAGUUGCAUCUUAUCCUAAAACUGCAGUUCAAGUUGCAUGUGAAAAUCAUAGAGCUGCAGGUAGUAUGAGCCUUGGAAAAGGCUAUGUAGGUGUUUCUAUCGUUGAUGUUGCAACCUGUACAUUGAUUAGCAAUUGUAAAUCCAAAGCCAUCACAAAAAUCCAUUCGAUCGUAGUCAACAGUUCAGUCGAAGGCUUUGCCAAGCUUCGACAUCCGGUCCUUACCAUCGAGGAUGCUUAUCCUCUUGCGAGUGACAUGGAAGCCACCAUAGCCUCUGCAAAGAUUGACAAGACCACCGUUGGACUCUACCACCUCCGAUGA